GGGCUAUUAUCGCCCACAGCGGAAUUUUAGAGGGAACUUUUUUCAUACUCGUUCUUUCUCCAGCCAAAAACGACAUUUUCAUCAAAGACCUGAGUUCGUGACAAAGUCCGCGGGCCAAAUCAGUCAAGAUGCCUUUCCACAAGCUCGUCAAGAACAGCGCGUACUACAGCCGCUUCCAGACCAAGUACAAGCGCAGACAGCAGGGAAAGACCGACUACUAUGCCCGUAAGCGGUUGAUCACCCAGGCCAAGAACAAGUACAAUGCGCCCAAGUACCGCCUGGUGGUGCGCUUCACCAACCGCGACAUCAUCAUGCAGAUCGUCACCUCGGAGAUCUCUGGUGACAAGGUCUUCGCCUCGGCCUACUCCCACGAGCUCAAGGCCUACGGCAUCACCCACGGUCUGACCAACUGGGCUGCCGCCUACGCCACCGGCCUGCUCAUCGCCCGCCGUGUCCUCAAGAAGCUUGGCCUCGACGAGGACUUCACCGGUGUUGAGGAGCCCGAGGGUGAGUUCACCCUCACCGAGGCUGCCGAGACCGACGAGGGCACCCGCCGCCCCUUCAAGGCCUACCUCGACGUUGGUCUUGCCCGCACCUCCACCGGUGCCCGUGUUUUCGGCGCCAUGAAGGGUGCCUCGGACGGUGGCAUCCUCAUCCCCCACUCCGAGAACCGUUUCCCCGGAUUCGACAUUGAGAGCAAGGAGCUGGACAGCGAGACCCUGAAGAAGUACAUCUUCGGUGGCCACGUCGCCGAGUACAUGGAGACCCUCGCCGACGACGAUGAGGAGCGCUACAAGAGCCAGUUCCAGCAGUACAUCGACGAGGACAUUGACGCCGAUGGACUUGAGGACAUCUACACCGAGGCCCACGCCGCUAUCCGUGAGGACCCCUUCAAGAAGCCCGAGGGUGCCGAGGCCAAAAAGUCCAAGGAGGAGUACAAGAAGGAGUCGCUCAAGUUCAAGGCCAAGAAGCUCACCCUGGCCGAGAGGAAGGCUCGCGUCCAGGAGAGGAUUGCCGAGCUCCGCGACGCCGAGUAAGCUUGUUGCUUGCAUUGGUGUUGGUUUUGUAUGACAGCUUGGCAUGUUGCGGGUUUGGCAUUUGCGAUGUUCGGGAGGGUUCACGGUUUGCUUGUUCAGCUGGCGUUUUGAGGUUUCCAAAAGACUGGAACGGUGGGACUCUGGGUUUCUCUACAAUUUACGAAUCAGAACAAAAAGUGAAUGACCAA